CACAUUUGGACCAAAUUUCACACUACACCGCCCCGAUUCCGACACCAUUAGACCAACCACCAUGGAGGAGGAGAAGCCCAAGGCUGCGCCUGCACACAAGGCGCUCGUGACUGACCACAGCCACUCGCACCUUGAUGCCCACGUGACGUGGGAUGAGGAGACCAUCGCGCUGCACGAUCUGGACCGUGGCACGCGCAUGAAGAUCGAUGAACCCAACACUCCCUAUCACUAUUAUGCCGAAGGUGACGACGUUGGCGCCGUGUCACCUGCUCGAAGCCUCUCGGGUCGCGAGGCGCAGCCUCCAAUCCAGUGGGACGAGUUGCAGUCCAAGCUGCAGGAUGUCAAGGACAAGAAGAAGAGCGAAUGGGACAGUGACGAAGAGAGUUCGAGCUCUUCUUCAGGAGGUCUACACUUUGCUGCUCGGGACGCUGAGGGGAAAAAGAUCCAGAAGGACCCAAACUUUGCGGAGAAGCGCAAGAUGCACUACAAUGAAUUCGAGAGGGUUCGUGCCUGGAAAAUGCAACACGCAAAUGACGACGACGAUGAAGAAGACGAAGACGAAAAGAAGAAACCGGCACCACAGUCUUAAUAACGGCGUUAAUGAGGCUGAUGUUCUUCUUUCUAUAUCUUACAAAACUUAAAACCAAGGUUGAGUUGAUAGAAAUUGAUGGAGAAAUAGCAUCGCGUCUAGAUUAAUUCGAGUGUCUGCCUUCUUAUCUAGACAUUUCUGUCUUAAUGAUGAGUUUAGAAGUGGCUACCGAAUUUGGUACGUCCAGACAUGGAGCA